AAGUGCCUCUUGGGGACCAUCAGCUGGGAACCACACAAGGGCAUGGAUAGCAAGGUACAGAUUGGCUGACUAGUGAGUUGUGUCUUUUUUCCUAUUUCGUUUCAGUGCAGUAGAAGCCAUUACUGCAUUCAAACAAGGCAAGUAGGAAGAAGGAUGGAGCUCACCAACAUCCCCCAUCUCGCCUCCUCCUCCAACUUCUUCUUCUCCAGCUGCAGUCGCUGUUCCUGCAGGGGCAGAAGAACCGAGAAGGCGGUGAUAGCAGUGUCUGUUGCUGGAAUUAGGUGCGGUGCUGAUUCUGCAUGUUCAGAAAUCACUGAGCAGCAAAAUCUAGAUUCCCUUCCAGGUUCUAAAAAUUCCCGCUGUUACAGAAGGAGAGACUUUGCUGCUGCUGCUCUGAUCCCUUUUCUACUUCCUCGUGUUGAUAUGGCAAGUGCGGCUGAGUCAUAUGAUGCAUCAAUUAUUCAAAAUGGUGCGAGGAAUGUUUUAUCCAAGGUCAAAGCUGCUGGCGUGCUUCGUUUGGUUUUCCAUGAUGCAGGGACUUUUGAUGUUGCUGAAAAAUCAGGUGGCAUGAAUGGCUCUAUAAUUUAUGAAGUUGACAGACCUGAAAAUGCUGGACUAAGUAAAUCUUUAAAGAUACUGCAAAAAGCAAAAGAAGGAAUCGAUCAAAUUCAGAAAGUAUCAUGGGCAGACUUGAUUGCGGUGGCUGGUGCCGAGGCAGUUGCACUCUGUGGAGGGCCUGAAAUUCCAGUAAGACUAGGCCGAUUAGAUUCCAGCAUUGCUGAUCCUGUUGGCAAACUUCCUGAAGAAACAUUGGAUGCUGUUGCCUUGAAAACAUCAUUCAGAAACAAGGGUUUUUCAACACAGGAGAUGGUCGUUUUAUCUGGAGCACACACAAUUGGAGGUAAAGGAUUCGGGAAUCCAAAUGUUUUUGACAACUCCUAUUUCAAAGUACUCCUUGAGAAGCCACGGCCCACUUCAUCCGGCAUGCCGAUAGGGCUGCCCACAGAUUGGGCACUCACUGAAGACGAUGAGUGCUUAAGAUGGAUCAAUAUAUAUGCAGAGGACCAGGCUAAAUUUUUCGCCGAUUUCCAAGAUGCAUACACCAAGCUUGUAAAUAGCGGAGCCUCCUGGAGAACAGCUUAAUCAGAUUUACCAUGUUUGUAUAAGAUUCGGUCAAAAAAAAUUGUCCACACCUUGGUGUUUGCGCAUUAUUUACUGAUGAAGUGGCUCGUUUGGUAAUGGGAACUUAUAUGAAUCUUCAGAAAACAGAA